AUGUCAGAAGAGGAUGCAGCUAUCACACCUUCUGCUGUGAUUGAAAGAGAUCGUGACACAACUGUGCAAUCCUCCAUACUUGCCCCUAAACAGUCUUAUGGCUCAAACAUUGAAAGCACAUUCACUCAGUCAUUUCCAGUGAUACAAGCUAUUUCAAGCCCGUUACCUGAGUCUAUUCCUAUGGAUCAGGAUUUUCAAAUCCCUAUUAUUGAAGAAGUAGUUUUUCCUUCUGAAGGAGCUCAAGCUUCUGGAAGCUCCUCUGAAACCCCUGAGUUAAUCAUUUUCAAAGGCAAAAGAAAAUUUUCUGAGUUUGAAUUUAUGGAUGUCGCUCUGCUUCAGAGCAGAGUUUUUGAUUUGGAACAAAGAUCUGCUGAAAAAGAUUUUAUUAUUGGAAAUGAAAGAGCUAUAAGAUCUGCUCCAGAUGCUAACCUUUAUUCUUUCUUAUCUUCUGGUCUUGUUACUACUCAAGAAAGAAGAGAGAACCAAAUCAGGGUUGAUCAGCUGAAAGGGAAAAUGCUCGUGAUGAAGCACUCAGACCAAAAUUGUCCAGGUGAGCAUCAUGAGAUGUUCUUCAGGGAAACUGGGAAGAAAUUCACAGAUAAAUAUGGGGAUCGUUUUGGCAUCUUCAUGUGGGGAUAUGAUACUGAAAAGAAAAUGUGGACCGUGAAGCGAAAAAGCGGACGAAUUUAA